AUGCGUUCCUAUUACCUCCCAAUGCAAUUUCUCCUAUUUCUCGCAAUUUUUGCAUCCUGUAUUCAUGGACUUUUGGGCGUCGGACGUCUUCAGAGUGUCGCUGUCAGUGGACGCCUCAUUUGUGAGGGACGGCCAGCGGCUGGUGUGAAGGUUAAGAUGUAUGAAAAAGAGUUUUUCCUCGAUCGAAAAAUGGCCGAAGUGUAUACAGACACCAAUGGAAUCUUCCAGAUAACUGGAAGAAAGCGAGAAAUUUCGACGAUUGACCCAAAAUUGAAUGUUUAUCAUAAAUGUAAUUAUAUGGGAUUGUGUUAUAAGAAGUUUGGAAUCACAAUUCCGGAUAAUUAUAUCACUUGGGGCUAUUCGCCGGAGAGAACCUACGAUAUUGGAACACUAAACUUGGCGAACAAGUACACCGGAACCACUACUGAUUGUCUUAAUUAG